AGGGAAAAUCCACACCAAGAAAGCCUCUAUCCUGCAAGGCCAGGGUUCCACUCUAUCCAGGAGCCCAGCCAAGAAAGCUUUCGUGGCCUACCACCUAGUUUUUACCAGCCACCUAUCCAAAGCCAGUUAUCAUCACCAACCAAAACCCAGGACAGCCGUGAAACCUCUCCCAUGAGUGUCCCUAAUCUCCCAUCCGUUUCCUCUAUGUGCCAACCAACCAUGUUUAACUACGAACGUCCAAAACACUUUAUCCAGUCUAAGAAUGUGUGUCAAGGGCAACAGCAGCCUCCAGGACCCGCAGCCUCUACAGAGUCAAGCAGACCAAUCAAACAGUCCUCCAUCCUCAUACAGCCUCGUAACCCCAGCGGGCAGAAAUUCUCCUCCUCGUCAUCGCUGAGCUCUUCGGUCACGCUCUCCUCGCCCUCCUGCAGUGCCCCCAAGGAAUCCACGUAUCCCGUCACGCCGGCGUCUGCGCAGUCUCCUGCCAGCUCAUCCUCUGGCCAGAGGCUUAUCCCCCUGCCUAACCAGCCCCCUGCAGCAUUCCUCUGCUCAGUCCUGCCCUCGCAGCCCGACUGUAACAGCCAAACUCCUUCUCCCAUGGAGCCCCCGUACUCACAACCAAUGUAUAACAAACAAGCUAGCAUCAACUCUAUGCAGAAGACAUCAGACCAAGAAAUCCGAGGAACAAAAGAGGCCCUGAUUCAGGACCUGGAAAAGAAACUGCGAUGCAAGGACAACCUCCUCCAGAAUGGCAACCAGCGACUGACCUAUGAAGAGAGGAUGGCUCGCAGGCUGCUCGGACCAGUGAAUGCUGCCUCUGUGCUGGAACCACAGAGUGAAGACAACAUGCAAAAUGCACAGAAUGCAGAACAUGUCAGGCUGCAGGUUCCUACAACGCAUGUCAGGAGCAGACCAUCCUCAAGAGGAGAUGAACGUGGCCAUGACUCAAUCCAGGAGAAGUUUUUUCCACCACGUUUUACACAAGUGCCUGAAGAUGUAAUUAUUGAGGAGGGGAGAUUCUGCAGGCUCGACUUCAAAGUCAGCGGGCUGCCGACUCCAGAUGUGAUGUGGUAUCAGAAUGGAAGGAUGGUUCAUCAAGAUCAGUUCCAUAAAAUGAUAGUGUCAGAGAAGGGAUUCCACUCAUUCAUUUUUGAAGCAGUCAAGUCAUCUGAUGCAGGGACAUACGAAUGUGUGGCUGUCAACCGUGCAGGAGAAGCCUCUUUUGCAGUCAAAGUGGAAGUAAUUGCAAAAGAACAUCACACGCCUCCAACUUUCAUCUUCAAGCCACAAAGCAAAAAGGUUUUUGAAGGAGAUACAGCCAGACUCGAGUGCCAGAUCUCUGCCAUCCCCACACCCCGCAUUUACUGGAAAAGAAACAACGAAAUGGUACAAUAUAAUACAGACCGAAUAAGCUUGCUACAUGACAACACUGGCAGGAUUUGCCUCCUGAUUCACAAUGCAAACAAGAAGGAUGCUGGGUGGUACACGGUGUCUGCUGUCAACGGGGCGGGCGUGGCCACCUGCCACGCCAGGCUGGAGGUGGCAACACAUGCAAACAAGCCACUUCCAGCCCCAAAGCAGUUACGAGUUCGACCAACUUUCAGCAAGUACUUGGCACUCAAUGGCAGAGGACUGGAUGUGAAACAAGCUUUCUCACCAGAGGGGGAGUUCCAGCGUUUGGCUGAGCAGUCUGGACUGUAUGAAAGCGAUGAACUUUAACUGGCAAUGAAAACUCACCCCUCUAAGAGACAGUGACAACGUAGAUGCAGUAACUGGUGAUUGCUCUGAUUUGCAAAAUACCUAUCUACAUAUUUUUACUCUGACUCUUGCACAUUCAGCUGCUCCCGUUUUACCAUGUUAGGUUUUAUUUAUAUGGUUUGGUGACUGUAACUAUUUACUGAGUAUUGUAUUUUAACUAUAAAGCCUAAGAAAGCAGGCUAAUUAGUUUCUACAAGUGGAGGUGGUUUUAGUUCCACCUGUGCUCGGUUACAUGCUAAGGUAGAUUGGUUUGUACUGCUUCUCUAAUAUCACUCUUGAUAAUAUCAGCAGUCUGUACUGUCUGAAUACUAACACCAAAUAGACUAGAGUGUUUUUAUGAGAGUAAAUUAGAGGCAAAUAAAAUUUUAAAU